AUGGGAUCUGAAAAUACUUUUGUUUCAAGUAAUUCUUCAAAAACUGUCUUUAUUUCUGAUAAAUUGAUUGAUGAUAGUUUGAAUAAAUUGAGAUUUAUUUUAAUAGGUCGAUUGGAUUUAGUCAAGUUGAAAUUAUUUGUGGAUGAAGCAUCUUUAAGAGGUCAAUGGAAACUUAAGGGUAACUGUCAGUUCAUUCCGAUUGGCAAAGGUUUUUUCAUUAUUAAGUUAGACAAUGGUGAAGAUAUGAAAUUAAUCUAUGAAGGUUUCUGGGAAGUUGAAACUCAAAUCCUUAGACUCAAAUUUUGGGAAAGGGAAUUUAAACCAGAAUUACAGAAAACCUCUACUGCAUUUGUAUGGGUUAUAUUUCCAGGAUUAUGUAUUGAAUAUUGGAAAGAAGACAUACUUAUGGCAAUGGGUGCUGCAAUUGGUAGACCAAUUCGAAUUGAUGAUGCUACUUUGAAGAAGGAAUUUGGCUUUUAUGCUAGUAUUCUAGUUGAAAUUGAUCUGGCAAAAGCUAUUCCUAAUAAAGUUUGGAUUGAAUCAAAGUUUGGUAAAUUUGAACAAGAAAUCAAAAUACCAAAGCUUACUAAAUACUGUAACCAUUUUAAAUUCAUUGGUCAUUAUGUUGCUGAGUGUAGAAAUAAAAGAAAAGAGUAUGUUCAUAAUGUGCAUAAACCUAAGCAGCAAUGGAGAUAUACUCCCAAGAAGAAUACCAGUCUGAACACUGGUGGUUUUGAUAUUUUUUAUACUUCUCAGCAAAUAGAUAAUAAUAUUGGGGAAGUGGAACUUGUAACUCAAGUCUUAUCUAUUACUGGUUCAAAUGAAGAUCAAAAUGAGAAGAAUGAAGGUUUUAAUGGUAAUCUGGAAUCUCCAAUGGAAUUUCCAGCUAUUUCAAUUGAUAAAAUAAUUGAUGUUGGAAGUAGUAUUCCUUCCUUGAAUAAUGUAGUAGGUGUAAUCCCAUCUUCAAAUUUGGAAGCUUCGGAUGAAGAGGUUACUGCUCAACUUUUAUCUAAUAUUAACUCUGAGGUUGGAAAAGUGGGUGAAUGGAAGGAAGUCUCCGAUGUAGUUGAAAAGCAUGAUCAAGCUUUUUCUAAAAUUGUUUCAAAACCAACUAAAGCUGAACCAAAAGUUAAAGCUUCUAGAAGUAUUAUUAAGAAAUUACAUUUACUUGGUAUGAGUAAGAUGAUACUUCAUAAUUCAAAUGGGAAUUUAAAAGGAAAUAUAUGGUUAUUUUGGCAUUCUUCAGUUACUACUCCUUCUUUGAUUUCUUCUUCUAAACAAUGUAUUACUGUUCAAGUUGGUGAGGUUUUAGUUAAUGGAGUUCAUGCUGAAUGUCUUACUAUAGACAAAAGAAUUUUAUGGUCUGAACUUUUAACUGUCAAUGAAAUGAAGCUGUCAUGGCUAGUGAUUGGUGAUUUCAAUGUGGUUCUUACUUGUGAAGAGAAAAAAAGGAGGUGUGGCAAGAGGAGAAUUUUAUGUGAUUUCGAUAAAGCAUUUUAUAAUCUUACAUGGCUGGAGAAAUUUGAAGGUUGGUGCUAUAAAGUGGGAGUUAGGGGUACAUCAGAUCAUGGUCCUCUUCUAGGUGGAGUUGUUAAUGUUUCCAGACCAACCAACAUUCCUUUUAAGUACCAAUCAGUGUGGACUUCUCAUCCUAGUUUUCUUAAGUUAAUUCAAGACUCAUGGUGGCAAGUUUGUGAAGGAAAUCCUGCUUUCUGUUUUAUGCACAAAUUAAAAAGAUUGAAAAACAUUCCUAAACAAUGGAAUUGGGAGGUUUUUGGGGACUUGGAACUUAAAGUAAAGAACACUGAAAAGGAAGUUCUUAAUGCUUUUUUAGAAUCUGAUGCUGACCCUGAGAAAAUAGAUUUACUUGACAAGCUAGUUACAGCAAGAGGUAAAUAUGAAAUUGCUUCACAACAAUACAAUGAACUGAUGAGAGCUAAGUCUAAAGUCAAAUGGGUCAAAGAAGGUGGUGCUAAUACAAAUUUCUUUCAUACUACAAUGAGGAUGAUAAGAACUUUUAAUCAUAUAUCAGAAUUAGAAAAUGAUGAAGAUAACUUGUUUACGGAUGUUGUUCCUUCUAAAGAAGAAAUCAAGAGUGUUGUUUUUGGAAUGGAUGCAAAUAGUGCACCAGGGCCUGAUGGCUUCCCUGGUUGCUUUUAUAUAUUUGAUUGGGAUGUUAUUGAAACUGAGUUAGUGGAAGCAGUUCAGUACUAUUCAAGGAGCCAAGAAAGCAUCACAAUUCAAACCAAUUGGAUUGGAAAUUUUCAAUUGGUGCAACAAGGUGCUUUUAUUGGGAGAUUAGUUUCCACUCAACAAGGUUCUUUUAUCAAAGGUAGAAAUAUACAGGAAAAGAUUGUAUUGGCAUCUGAGUUGGUAAAUGAGCUUGAAAUAAAGAGAAGGGGAGGUAAUGUUGGUCUUAAAAUUGACAUCACUCAAGCUUAUGAUUCACUAAGCUGGAAUUUUCUCUUUGAAGUACUAAGAAGGUUUGGCUUUUCUGAAGUUGGAAUUCAAUGGUUAUGGAAUAUAUUUAAAUCAACUAGAAUUUCAGUCCUUAUAAAUGGUGGUCCAUGUGGCUUCUUUGAAGUGGGUAAGGGAUUGAGGCAGGGUGAUCCAUUAUCACCAAUUUUAUUUGUACUAGCUGAAGAAGUUUUGAGUAUAAAUCUUACUAAACUAGUUCAGAUGGGGAAAAUCCAAGCCAUUGUUUGUAGAGGAGGAUGCCAACCCACACAUUUAAUGUUUGAAGAUGACAUCUUUAUCUUUUGCAAUGGAAAUAAGAGAACUCUGGAGAAUUUGCUGAGUCUACUGAUGCAGUAUCAAAUGUCUUCUGGACAGGUGGUGAAUAAAGCUAAAAGCAAGUGCUUUGUUAGUGGUGUUUCAGAUAUCAGGAAAAAUGAAAUUGCUGAAUUUUUGCAGAUGGAGUUGUCUUAUUUUCCUGAUAAAUAUUUGGGUGUGAUAUUGGAUCCAGGGAGAGUUAAGAAAAAUUAA